AUGGCGUCGACUGCUGUAAAAAGUGUAGAUGACCUGAUAGCUGUACUGGUCAGCAUGGGCUUCGAUAUCACGGAUGGUCAGCAGGCUGUCCAGGCAGGAAAACUCACAGUAGAGGAGGCAGUUGAAUGGAUACUGCAAGGAAAACCCCAGGCGGCUCCAGCUUUACCUGGGAAUUCAGUGCUGAGACUGAGACCAACACAGGGCAGCAGUCUGGACACAGCCCCCAGUGCCAUGGCUAGCUUUGUGAAGCCAGUUCCCAUUCCUGAGCAUGUCACAGCUCCCUCUGCUGCCAGUCAGCUAGGAGAGGAAGACAAAGAAGAGGAGCAGUUAGCCAGUAGAAUGAGGAUGAGUGAAGAACAAAGAAAAAUAAAAGAAACUUUUGAAGAGAAGCAAAGAGAAGAGGCAAGGAAAUCUGCACUGUCAGAGAAAAAAUUGAAAAAGAAGGCACAUGAGCAAGCCUUAAAACAAAUUGCUGAAGACCGUGAACUUCAGAAACAAAGGAAGUCAGGUGCUCCUACAUCACCACGGCAACAGGCAGUAGAAAGGGACAGCAAAGACACAACAUUAGCCACUUCACCACUGAAACCAGCACCUUCCACACAGGAUAAAUGUUUACUGCAGAUCCGUCUGAUGAAUGGCAGAGUUCAGAGACACACCUUUAGUCCCGGUGCCACUCUCAGUGAUGUCUGGCACCUGGUGCAGGAACAAGGGCAAAACAGUAUCACAGGCAUGGCCUUCAUGCAACCCUUUCCCAGGCGGGAGUUUACUAGAAAGGAUCUGACACGGUCCCUCUCUGAGUUGGGGCUUACCCCUACAGGGUCCUUGGUGCUGAAGAAAAUGGAGACUGCCUCUGAAGAUACUGUUCAGACAUCAAUUGCCUCUCUCCAUAUAGCCUCAUCCAGCAGCUCAGACAUAGCCAUGAACACACGACCAGAUGGCGCCACCUCACUAUCACCACCACCGCCGCCAUUACUACCCCUUCCAGCUAAAGUUGUCAAUAAGGAAGCUGUUGGUGGGGCCACUAGAAGUCCAGUGGGGCAUUCCUGGGGUGGGGCUGGACACAGGAUGGACACUGAAGAAGAGGACAGUGGAGUACAGGAACAGGCAGAAAGUCCGUCUCCUAUGGACAUUGUUGCUGAUGCUGCCAGAGAAUCAGAUGAUGAGGAGGAGGAAGAGAUGGAGGAAGAAGGACAUGAUGUUGUUCCAGGAGGAGGAGUUUUGCCAGGAAUGUUACCACCACAUCCUAUGUUUGGAGGAGGAGGACAUCAUCAGUGGGGAGAGGGACAGAGGCUGGCAGGAGAUAUACCAGUGGUGCCACAACUUCCAGCUCAGUUAGCUAAAAAUGCUGCAGCUGCAGCAGCUUUACAAAGGAUAGAUCAGCCACAGCAGCCAACACAACCUGUACAACUAAACCAAGAAGAACAGUCACAAUCCACUCUCCAGAGUGAGCCACCUUCUAGGCAGCAUGCAAGAGGAGCCCAAGUCCAUACCCUCCUCCAACAGUGUACUCGUCAUGUCAGCCAGCGCCUGUGUGACCCCAGGGUAAUGUCAAUGACCUCCCCCCUAGGGUGUCUACCCACAGAGCUGGCUGAGAAAUUGUUGCAAUAUGUGUUAAAGGAGAGACUGCUCAAACCAAAAACUCUGAAUGCUUUUUUACCCUGCCAUCUACGUCAACUGGUAUUUGAUUUUUAUCCCUAUACAACAAAUGAACUGUUAGCAGCAGUGAGAUUUCACACCAGUGUGGUCCACCUCAGUCUCUGUUCCUGUACACUGAUCACAGAUAAGGGACUUCAGCCUCUGAUCACUCUGAGAAAACUGAAAUAUCUCAACCUCAGCUGCUGUGGACAGAUAACCAAUGGGAGCUUUGAUGUCAUUAAAGAGUUUCCGCUGCUUGUCACACUGAUACUGGAAGGUACUAAAGUGACAGAUGAAGGCGUGCAGGAUUACGCUAGCUCAGAACCCGCAGAACUUGUCAACCUCAAUCUCAAUAAAACUGCUGUGACACAUGCAAUAUUCUCUAGUUUACAAAAAUUACAAAAACUAAGAAGUCUGAAUUUAGACCAAACACAGGUCCAUAGUCUCUCAGGUCUCCAGAGUCUACAACAGAUAGACAGUCUUAGUGUGGCAGCCACUGGGAUAGCAACAGACUCUCUCCUGGUGCUGUCUAUGUUACAUAAUCUCAGUGGACUGGAUAUCUCCAGGACAGAGCAUGUAGAGGGAGAUACUGCUCUACAGUAUAUAGCAGGUCUUAGGUUACAAAGUCUAAAUUUUCCGAGCCGUCUGUCAACAACAGGUGCAGGAAUGUUGCAUGUUGCAGCCAUGCCACUUACUUCCAUGGACCUUACAAAUUAUAUCUACAUCCAAGACAGGGGACUGGAAAGCAUAGGGAAGAUCACAAGCUUGAGGCGCCUCCUAUUGACUAAUACCAACAUCACAGAUGUGGGGAUGAUGUUCUUAGAAGGUACUUGUAUGUUAGGAACCAAUUAUUCCCAUAACCCUAUUGUACUAGCAGUAUCAAUCUACCUCCAAGGGGAUUCUUGCUAUAUUGCUAUCAGUUUUAGCAUGCACAAAAGUUAA